AGAAUUGUCUUACUGGGUAAAACUGGAGCAGGAAAAAGUGCGGCAGGGAACAGCAUCCUUGGAAGGAAAGUGUUUUGUUCUGGCAUUGCAACAAAAUCCAUUACUGAAACCUUUGUGAAAGACAGCAGCUGGUGGAAUGAAAGAGAACUUGUCGUUUUGGAUAUGCCUGGUGUUUUCAACACCGAGGCACAGGAUGCUGACACGCACAAGGAGAUUGCUCGCUGCAUCCUCCAGACCUCGCCAGGGCCCCACGCUCUGGUCCUGGUGGUCCCACUGGGCCGCUACACUGAGCAGGAGCACAAGGCCACACAGAAGAUCCUGAAAAUGUUUGCACAGGGUAGAAGAUUCAUGAUUCUCUUAUUCACCCGGAAAGAUGACAUUGAUUUCCAUGAUUACUUACAGGAAGCUCCAGAAGGCAUUCAAAUGCUGAUGGGCAAGUUCGGUGAUCGCUACUGUGUGUUCAACAACAGGGUGAACGGGCCUGAACAGGUGACCCAGAGGGCACAGCUGCUGGUGCUGGUCCAGCGCAUUGUGAUGGAGAACAAAGGAGAAUGUUACACCAAUAAGAUGUACCAAAGGGCUGAGGAAGAGAUUCAGAAACAAAUCGAAGUGAUACAAGAGCAUUACAGGGCAGAGCUGGAGAGAGAGAAAGCGCAGAUCCGAAAGGAGUAUGAAGAGAAGAUCAGAAACCUGGAAGAUAAUCUGAAGCAGAAGAAGAGAAGGGAGGAAAUGGAGAGGAGGCUGGAGGAAAAGGAGACCGAGUAUUCUUCAAAGCAGCAGAAAGCCAGAUCGGAAGAUGAAAGUCAGAACCGGAUACUUGAUAUCAUCUUAAAAAUAUUACAGAUUGCUUCUGACAUUUUCUUUCAUCUGUUUACAGAUUAA